AUGGAAAGAGUUGGGCUUUACCUGUUAGUUCUUAUAGCCACACUCCUGUACACCACCGUGAACGGAGGUGCCGCCAGUCCCACCGCCAUGGACUUCAUCAAGGCCUCCUGCAAAACCACCCUCCACGCCUCUCUCUGUGUCACCUGUCUCUCAAGUUACGCCGGUUCAAUCAAGGGGAACAACGCCGACCACCUCCUGGCCAAAGCCGCCAUUUCCGUCAGCCUAAGCAACGCCAAGUCAGCAAGCAUCUUCAUUUCCAAACUGGGUCGAGUCUCCGGCAUAAAACCCAGAGAGUACCAAGCCGUGAAAGACUGUAUUAGCACCAUGAGCAACAGUGUGUCGAGUCUAAGCCAGUCGGUUCAGGAGCUAGAGAAGAUGGCUCGAACCAAGGGUCAAGAUUUCGAGUGGCACAUGAGCAACGCUGAGACGUGGGUCGGGUCUGCUCUUACUAAUCAAAACAUAUGUUCCAGGGGAUUUACUGAUAGUUCUCUGAAUGGACGUGUAAAGGAUGCGGUCAUUAAGAGGAUGGUUUAUGUUUCACAAGUCACUAGUAAUGCACUUGCUUUAGUGAAUAGGUUUGCUGUAAGGCAUAGAAAGGGUAUACACAAGCCAUGA